UCUUGUUGUGGUUACUUAAGGACAUAAACAAGUUCAAAUAGCCAAUGCGUGACGAGGUCAGGUAAGAUGGGCAAGCAACAGUGAAAUUUAUCUGCCAAUGCCGGGAUGUUCAAAACAAGAAAACAAGAAAGUGAGGAACAAGAUGAGGACGACAACGACGAGGAAGAUGAUGAAGACGAGGCUGACAGCAGAGGAAGCCCUGUGACGCGCGCCUUUUCUUUCCUCAGCAAUUUUAUGUCAGGAUUUCUUCAAACUUUGGGUUGUUUUAGAAGAGUCGAGAUGCUGAAUGUCCCGUCUCAGUCCUUCCCCGCUGUGGGCUCCCAACAACGCGUGGCGCCAUCAGGACAAUCUCGGAACAAGGUGGCCUUGAAGCCAGGCCACAGUCUGAUGGAUUGGAUCAGACUGACCAAAAGUGGCCGUGACAUGACAGGGCUAAGAGGCCGUCUUAUUGACGUCACAGAGGAGGAGUUACGAAAACACAACAAAAGGAAUGACUGCUGGACAUGCAUCAGAGGUAUGGUGUAUAAUGUCACAGCAUACAUGGACUUCCAUCCUGGGGGUGAGGAUGAGCUGAUGCGGGCGGCGGGUAUCGAUGGCACCGAUCUGUUUGACCAGGUGCACCGCUGGGUGAACUAUGAGUCGAUGCUGAAGGAGUGUCUGGUAGGCAGAAUGGCCACGAAGGUCAGCGCCGUAAUGAAGGUGAAAGCUCAGUCCAAGAAGGAUGAGGAAAAGCCACAAGUGAAUGGUCUGGCUCCACCACCUUCUCCUGCUCCUCCUCCAUUUCCGUCUGCUGCGCUUCCUCCACCUAAAGACACUAGACCUCGGUACGACUGGUUCCAAACAGACACCACUGUUAAUAUUGUGGUCUACACCAAGAGAAAGAUUCCUGCAGCAGGCAGCGCGGUUGUGGACCUGAUAAAUGGUGCUCUACGGAUCGAGGUUGUUCUGGGAAAGAUGUCUUAUCUCCUGCAUUGGCGUCUCCCACAAGAAGUGGAGGAGCAUGUUCACAUUCACACAGCCAGUGCGGUGGGGAAGAUUCAGGUGGUGUUGUGGAAGAAGGCCAAGGCUAAGUGGUCAGAGCUGGGGGAACAGCUGGACGCCCAUGACACAUUUGAGCGCCAAAAAGACCGCGAGAUCUGCUACCGCAAGUGUGUGCUCCUCGCCAAGACGGACGUGACGCACGACACCAAGCUCUUCUGCUUACAGCUGCCCCCGGGGACGCACAUGCAUGUGCCCGUGGGCAGACACGUCUACCUCCGAGCCUCGGUCCAAGACAGUGAGGUGGUGAAGCCCUACACUCCAGUGGACCACACCCUGCUGCCGGACUGCUCAGCCACUGCAGGAGAUGGGGCUCACAGGCUCUUCCUCAUGAUCAAAGUUUACCCCAACGGCGUGCUCAGCUCACAUCUAGACAGCCUCAGUAUAGGUGACUCCCUGGCGGUGAGCAGCCCUGAGGGUCCCUUCAGCCUGCGUCUCCUGCGUGGCAUCACCCAGCUGUACCUGCUGGCGGCGGGGACGGGCUUCACGCCCAUGGCGCGACUCGUCCACGCGGCCCUGACCGACCUGCCCACGCUCAGGAAAACCCAGCUGAUGUUUUUCAACCGUCAGGAGAGAGACAUCCUCUGGCACUCGCUACUGGACCAACUGGCUGCCAAAGACCCCAGGUUCGAGGUGGAGUAUGUGCUCUCGGAGCCCUCUGAUUCGUGGACAGGGCGGAGAGGGCGUGUCCAGACCUCCAUGCUCACCGACCUCCUGGUUCGGCCCGAAGGCUCCAAAUGCCUGGUUUGUGUGUGUGGACCCACGGCCUUCACGGAGCUAGCGGUGGGGUUGGUAAAAGACCUGGGCUUCAGUGACGAAGAGAUCCAUGCCUUUCAGGGCUGAGACGUGUGUGUGUGUGUGUGUGUGUGGCUGAAAGAAAGAUGAGAGGGAGAGAGGCAAAUAAGAAGCUUGUAAAUGCUAAUGAAUGAUUAUACUCUGUACGAUUUCUGGACUAUGCACAAAGCAGUGAAAUGGGCCUUCACAUAGCAUCUGCACUUUCAUUACCAAGUCUUUCUUCCAAUCACAGACUUCCACAGCCCUGCCAUCAACAGGCACACACCAGAUAGCUUGAGUGUGUGCCACGCGUGCGUGCGUGCGUGCGUGACUGUAAGGGCAAGCAACCCUAUUUCUAUUUCAUUGUGUGUGAGAGAGAGAGAGAGAGAGAGAGCAAAGAAAGGAAGAAAAAAACAUCUUUCAACCCCAUGACGACCAGGGAGCUCCUCUCUCUCUCUCUCCCUCUCUCUAUCUAUCUUUCUUUCUGGGUGUAUGUGUGUGUCUCUGUCUGUUUAGUAUUCCCCUCCAGCAACGCUCUGCCUCCCCCCAUGCUUGCUCCAGUCUCCUCAAAUAUUCAGAUAUUCAGACGUUGUCGUAUAUAUGAGGAUUUCUUCAUUUUUACCCUUCUGCUUGGCUUUUUUCCCCCUCCCAACUUACUGACAUCUCCGUUCAUAAAAGAGUAAGAGGCCGCAGAGAUGUCUGUUGAUUUUUUUAUUUUUUUUAUCUAGCACCUGCAAAAGGCAUGCAGAUGAGACGGGUAGCUCUCUCUCUCUCUCUCUCUCGCUGAACCCCCCUUCCCCCGACACACACACACACACACACACUCCUUUGAACUAACUUUCAUAAACACAUCCCCUUUUAUUAUUACUAUUAUUAUUUAUCUAAUCUAUUUUAGACCUGCUGCUCGGAGCGUCAUUGACAGACUGUCGGGGGAGGGAGGGAGGGAGGGAGGCAGGAGACCGAGUGAGGGAUGGAGACCUCUGCUCCGCUCAAUCUAUACAAGGCCAGACUGUACUGCAUAGGGUUGUGAAUGGAGUCCGAUACUCCCCGUCUCAUAAAGUGUCCUACUGAGGGUCCUGCUAAGGGUCCUGCUGAGGGUCCUGCUGAGGGUUUUGGUGCUCGCUCUGGUCUGUCUGCUGCUGAUCCACUAAACUGCAUCAGGAGUCCUAUUUCUACUGCUCACUGUUGGAUACGCACAACAAGGGUCAAGGAGACCCAGGGGACACAGAGCAGGUGACCGCUGGGGACCGGUGAAGUGGCUCGGAACAGAUUACACACCUGGAGGGGAAAAAACACCGGCUCAAAUCCCCAGCUGUUGCCACCGGUCAGUGGAGACCGCAAGUGCGAAAAAACGAAUGAAUGGCACCAUUAGUGUCCCACAUAAACAUGACUGUUACUGCCAAAGUCUGAUUCUAGCUAAAGAAAAAAAAUCGCUCUGAUCUGAUGCAACUGCGGUAGUCUGCCUAUUAAAUUUCUGUGUGAUCUUGGCAACAACUUUUAUAGCUGUGGUAAUCAUGUAGUCCUACUGUUGUCACUGCCAGGAUGACUGAAAGCCUGGAUACAUCAGGCCGACUGUGCAAUGGCAAAAUAACCGUGUUCGGAAAUGGCUCUUAUAAAAAUAAGUGCUGUUGUGUGCCAGUCUGAAAAUCUAUUGUAGGUUUUAUGACUUGCAUUCUUGGGAAGUCUGACUUGUCCCAUGCUUGAACCUGAUGUACACUUGACAAGGAUAUUUUUGUUAAUGGUUUUAUGUUUCUUUAUUCUGUAUUGUGCAAACACAUGAUGUCCAGUACAGUGUUCAUACUCUUGGCUUUACAUUAUAAAUAAUAAAUUAUAAAUAUAAUAUGCAGUAGCAAUCACUAUCUGCGGUCUGUGAUUAUUUGCUAUAUUGUAUAUUUUACAUUAAAUUAAAACUACAUGAAAAUAUGAA